AUGUCUCACAAAUGUCAAUUCAAUCAAGUACUGUGUGCAAGAUACACUUUCUUUUUUAUCUAUCCCCCUCUCUCUCUCUCUUCUUCUUCUUCUUCUUCUUCUUCUUCUUCUUCUUCUUAUGAAUCCCUCAUUCUCUUUUACUCUUUCAAUUUUAUGACCAAUCUAUUUCUCUUUCUCCCUUUUUUUAUCAAUCUCAUUCUCUUUCAAUCUUCUUACCCCCUCUCUCUUUCUCUACUUUUUAUCAAUUUCUCAUUCUCUUUUUUCUGUUCCAAUCUUCUUGCCUCCUCUUCCCCACUCCCCGUUUACCUUUUCUCUUUCAAUUUUCUUACCACUCUCUCUUUCUCUCCUUUUUAUCAAUCCCUAUAUUCUAUUUUUCUCUUUCAAUUUUCUUACCUCUCUCUGCUUUUCUUACUCUUUCUCUCUCGUUUUUAUCAAUCUCUUUCUCUUUUCCUCAUUCAAUUUUCUUAUUCCUCUUUCGCCUUUUUAUCAAUCACUCAUUUUUUGUCUUUUUACUUUCUUAUACUUCUCUCUCACUCUCUUUCCUUUUAUCAAUCUCGCAUUCUUUUUUCUUUCUAUCUAUUUAUUUUUUUGCUUUCAUUCUAUCAUCUUUCCUCCUUUUUCCAAUCUUUUUCAUUACGUUUCGUCUUUCCACCGUCUAUUCCUUCCGUUCACAUUAUUUUUCCUUCUUCGUUUCUCACUUGUUUUCUUCUUCUCCCUCCUCCUCUCUCUCUCUCUUCUCUCUCUCUCUCUCUCUCUCUCUCUCUCUCAGUUCUACAUUUGUUGGAUUCUUUGUUUCUUUUUCCUUUUGUUCCUCUUUUUAUUUCUUUCCUUCUAUUCUAUUUUUCUUUCUAUUCAUUUAACCUUUCCUUUUCUUUCACUCUUUCUUUAAUUGUUUCUUUCACUCUUUCUUUAAUUGUUUCUUUCACUCUUUCUUUAAUUGUUUCUUUAAUUGUUUCUUUCACUCCUUCUUUAAUUGUUUCUUUCACUCUUUCUUUAAUUGUUUCUUUUACUCUUUCUUUAAUUGUUUCUUUCACUCUUUCUUUCACUCUUUCUUUCACUCCUUCUUUAAUUGUUUCUUUAAUUGUUUCUUUCAAUCUUUCUUUAAUUUUUUCUUUCACUCUUUCUUUAAUUUUUUCUUUCACUCUUUCUUUAAUUGUUUCUUUCAAUCUUUCUUUAAUUGUUUCUUUCAAUCUUUCUUUAAUUGCUUCUUUCACUCUUUUUUUAAUUGUUUCUUUAAUUUGUUUCUUUAAUUUUUUCUUUCACUCUUUCUUUAAUUUUUUCUUUCACUCUUUCUUUAAUUGUAUCUUUCACUCUUUCUUUAAUUGUUUCUUUCAAUCUUUCUUUAAUUGCUUCUUUCACUCUUUUUUUAAUUGUUUCUUUAAUUGUUUCUUUCACUCUUUCUUUAAUUGUUUCUUUCACUCUUUAAAUUGUUUCUUUAAUUUUUUCUUUCACUCUUUCUUUAAUUUUUUCUUUCACUCUUUCUUUAAUUGUUUCUUUCACUCUUUCUUUAAUUGUUUCUUUCAAUCUUUCUUUAAUUCUUUCUUUCAAUCUUUCUUUAAUUGUUGCUUUCACUUUUCUUUAAUUGUUUCUUUCACUCUUUCUUUAAUUUUUUCUUUCAAUCUUUCUUUAAUUGUUUCUUUCACUCUUUCUUUAAUUGUUUCUUUCACUCUUUCUUUAAUUUUUUUUUUCACUCUUUCUUUAAUUGUUUCUUUCAAUCUUUCUUUAAUUUUUUCUUUCAAUCUUUCUUUAAUUGUUUCUUUCAAUCUUUCUUUAAUUGCUUCUUUCACUCUUUCUUUAAUUGUUUCUUUAAUUGUUUCUUUCAAUCUUUCUUUAAUUUUUUCUUUCACUCUUUCUUUAAUUGUUUCUUUCACUCUUUCUUUAAUUGUUUCUUUCACUCUUUCUUUAAUUGUUUCUUUCAAUCUUUCUUUAAUUGUUUCUUUCACUUUUUCUUUAAUUGUUUCUUUCACUCUAUCUUUAAUUGUUUCUUUAAUUGUUUCUUUCACUCUUUCUUUAAUUGUUUCUUUCACUCUUUAA